AUGAUUCCCUCUUGCGUGAUUGAAAGAAUCAACAGUCAUCAAAUGCUGCAAUCUUACGGGAUAAGCCAAGAUGAAGUCGGGAUGGUGCAAUGAAGAGAGACAUGUACUACAAACAUACUGUACUCCUUCCGAGCAAUCCGAGUUCAUGGGUCAUUCGGCUACCGACUCAACCGUUUGAAUAGGCACAAACUCGUUUCUUAGCUGCCGUUUCCAGUUCAGCCGUUCCUUGCAGUUUUCACCAUUCUCUUGUUUCACCGACUGUUCGGGAUUAGAUAAAGGCAGAAAAGCAGACUAGUCACUCGAUCGCCCACGUUGAUAAGAGAAUCAGAAGAAGGUAUAAAAUAAGUACAUGCAAACAUUGAAAGAAUUUCUUUCAUCUUCAUCUUCUCCCCCCAUCAAUCAUUCCUACGACCUUUUGCCCCUCGAGGAGAUCAACCAAAACACGAUGUCAAACGUACAAGAUGAAAAGAUUGAUUCCGGAUCAUUGGAAGCAGGAUCCGAAUCAGCCAAUCAUUCCUUACAUGCACAACCUACAACCGAUCAUGGCAGAAAACGUAACCCAUUCCGAUCAACAUUCACUCAAGCAACCAUCUUGGGUAUUUGUAGUUUUUUAGCACCGGGUUUAUGGGGAGCAAUGUCAAGUACGGGUGGUGGAGGAACACAAAGUAUUUCACUCGUCAAUGCAGCAAAUUCAUCCACUUUUUGUCUUAUGGUAGUUACAGCUCUUUUAACACCUGCAAUGAUUCAUUUGACAAACGUUAGAUGGACUUUGGCUUUUGGUGCUUUGGGUUAUGCUCCUUAUGCUGCUGGUUUGUAUACUUAUCGUAAAUAUGGUACAAGUGCUUCUUGGUUUGUCGUGCUCGGAGCAGUUCUUUGUGGUAUUUCUGCUGGGGUAUUUUGGGCAAGUGAAGGUGCAAUCAUUCUUUCGUACCCUGAACGUAAGAAGCAAGGUAUUUAUACGAGUUAUUGGUUGAUGUUUCGAGUUAUGGGUCAAAUGGUUGGCGGUGCGAUCAACUUAGGAUUGAAUGCAAACAACGGGCAAGCAGGUUCAUUGAGCACAAAUACGUUCUUGGUCUUUGUCGUUCUUCAAUGCAUUGGUCCAUUUGUCGCUCUUUUGAUUUCGCUGCCUCAUCAAGUUCAAAGAAAAGAUGGUACACCAGUCGUGCUCAAACUCAAUCCAACACUCAAGUCAGAACUCAAAGCAAUGUGGGUGGCCAUCACCGCAAAGAAGGUUUUACUCCUCCUUCCACUUAUUUGGCAAACAACUUUCUCGGAAGCAGUCAUCUUUUCCAUCAAUGGAACGUAUUUCAGUGUACGUUCUCGUGCUUUGGCUUCAUUCUUGGGUGCAGUCGUAGCUGCUUCCGCUUGUUACAUUUUGGGAUUCAUUUUGGACAACCAUAAAUGGUCUUUGAACGGUCGUGCUCGUUAUGCAUUCUUAUCGAUUUAUGCUAUGCAAUUCGCUUGGUGGGGAUGGAGUAUCUAUACUACACACGAUUAUUCGAAAUCAAGUCCAACUCAUGAUUGGAGUGAAGGCUCUGCAUGGUCACCAGGUUUUGCUAUGUUGUUGAUGCUACAAAUUGGGUUCAAUCUAAUGUACGAAUACACCUAUUGGCUGGUAGGUGCCACUUCCGAACAACCGGGUGAAAUCGUUCGUUUGGCAGGAGUGAUUCGUUCCGUCGAAUCUGCCGGUCAAGCUGUUUCAUAUGGUAUCAACUCUACUUCAUGGCCUUUCUAUGCCGUUUGCAGCUUGAACCUCGGCUUCACUUUCCUCGGUGUUAUCUUUGCAUGGCCCGUAGUAAGAAAGACUGGUAUUCUUUCUGAUGGCACAUACCUUUAUCAACCUCCGAUCUAUGCAGACGAGGAAGAACGAGAAGCGAUCAAAAGAGAAGUUGCCGAUGAAGCAGCCGUUGUUGGAACUGCAAAAGAAGGCAACGAAAUCAAGAAAGUUGAUGAAAUUACAAGUGCUCAUUAGGUAGAAUGAGUAUGCAAUGUAUAAUUCUAUAAUGCUUAAAAGAAUGAUAAUACGAUUAUUGAUGUACAAUAUAUGGAUAGUGAAAAAUGAAGUCAGAAGUGUUGCGG